GCUCUUUAAAUACCAACACCAUCUAUCGUUACUUUCCAACUCUCUUCACUCUCACAGCUACCAAGCGCACAGACAACAAACCCCUAAACCCAAAAAUGGCCGAAACCCCAAUUCGGUUCGGAAUCCUUGGCUGCGCCGAAAUUGCUCGGAAAGUUUCACGGGCCAUAAAGCUUUCAACCAACGCCACUCUCUACGCCGUCGGCAGCCGUUCGAUCGAAAAGGCCUCCAGAUUCGCGUCCGCAAAUGGGUUUCCUCCGUCGGCGAAAAUCUACGGGAGCUACGAAGCCGUUUUGGAUGAUCCCGACGUCGACGCCGUUUACGUUCCUCUUCCGACGAGCCUGCGCGUUCGCUGGAUCGUUUUGGCUGCUCAGAAGAAGAAGCACGUGCUGUCGGAGAAGCCGGUAGCGCUGAACGUGAAGGAAUUGGACGUGAUUCUCGAGGCGUGUGAAUCCAAUGGUGUGCAAUUCAUGGAUGGUACCAUGUGGAUGCAUCAUCCUCGGGCGGCUAAGAUGAGGGAAUUCCUCUCCGAUCCCGGCCGGUUCGGUGUUCUGAAAUCGGUACAUAGCUGCUUUACAUUUGCUGCUGAUCCUGAUUUUCUCGAGAAUGAUAUUCGUGUGAAGCCGGAUCUUGAUGCUCUUGGUGCUCUUGGUGAUGUUGGGUGGUACUGCAUCAGGGCAAUCCUUUGGGCUGCUGAUUUUGAACUUCCCAAAUCAGUAAUUGCUUUGCACGGGUCUGUUUUCAACAAAGCAGGGGUGAUUGUGUCGUGUGGUGCCUCGUUAUGUUGGGAAGACGGGAAAGUAGCAACCUUCCACUGCUCUUUCCUGGCCAACUUGACCAUGAAUGUAACUUUUGUUGGAACAAAGGGCACUUUGCAUCUUAAUGACUUUGUUGUCCCUUUUGAAGAAAACAAGGCUUCAUUCACUGCAGGUACAGAAUCUUGGUUUACAGAACUUGUGACAGGGUGGUUAGCAAAGCCAAGUGAGCACACCGUCGUGACAGAUCUUCCCCAGGAAGCCCUUAUGCUGAAAGAGUUUUCUAGGUUGGUUGGGAGCAUUAAAAACAAUGGUUUAAAACCAGAGAAGAAGUGGCCAACCCUCAGCCGAAAGACACAGCUGGUGUUGGAUGCAGUAAAAGCGUCCAUUGACGGAGGUUUGGUGGCUGUCGAGGUUGUGAGUUAAUUUAGAAUUUUCACGUUCCACAAGGUAUUUUGAACUGGAGUGCUUCUUGUUGUAUGUAAAUUAAGGCCUGCUAUUGUCUGUUCAUGUAUCUGGCUUGCUGGUCUGGCUUGGGGUAAUUUCGGGCUUGAUUCUAAAUUUGAUUAAUAAAGUGCUAUGUAGAAACACCUACUGUAACCUUUAUGAUAUGGAAAUAAAGCACCAAAGCGCUAUUUAGAUUGUGUACUUUCUGCUGCAAAUUUGAUCAGGAAACCUUUUUUUGCAUUUGGGACUUCAUUACUAGUCAAA